GUGUUCUAAUUUUCGCAUAGAAUCAUUCCAAAAUGCUUCCGCUCUCUACACUGAUAAAAAGCGGUUUCACUCCCACACCGAAAGAUUUCAGCAAUUUAUUUCUCUUCCUCUCCCGGAAUCGAAGAUUCCAAUCCAUCAUUCACCUUUUCUCCCAACUCAGUUGCAAUAAUACCGAAGCUGAUGUCCGGACGCGCAUAGUUUAUACUGAAGCUCUGCUUGAGCAACACAAAUAUGAAGAAGCAGCUGAUUUCUUGAAAACUCUAACCGGAAAAUCCAGUAUUUUGCAUAAGAAUCAAAUAUUUAAUACUUUGAUUCAAGGCAUUUGCAGUUAUAAUCGAGAUCCUGAGAGGGGGCUUUCUGUUUUCAAGGAUUUCUUGAAAAUGGAUGCGGUGGUUCCAUCUUCUCGCACUUUCUGUUUGUUGAUAUGCUGUUUUAGCAGAAUGGGGAAAAUGGAUAGGGUGAUUGAUUUGUUGGAAGUUAUGUCUGGCGAUAAAUUCAAGUACCCUUUUGAUAAUUAUGUUUGUAGUUCUGUUAUUCUUGGUUUCGUGAGGAUUGGGGAGCCUGAACUCGCGGUUGGGUUUUAUGAGACUGCUCUGAAGUCAGGUUCUUUGAUUCCUAAUGCUGUUACUUGUACAACAGUUUUGAGUGCUUAUUGUAAAUUAGGAAAUGUAAACAAUGUUUCACAUUUGGUUACUUGGAUGGAAAGUAAUAAGUUGCCCUUGGAUGUUGUGUUUUAUAGUACUUGGAUGCAUGGAUGUUUAAUGGAAGGAAUGAUUUAUGAGGCAUUUCAAAGGUAUAGAGCAAUGGUGGAUACUAAAGUUGAGUUGGAUACCAUUGCUUAUACUAUCCUCAUAGAUGGAUUUUCGAAGAAUGGAUAUGUGGAAAAGGCUGUAGGAUUUUUGCGCAAGAUGAGAAAGGAUGGACUCACACCAAAUUUAGUUACUUACACUGUGAUUAUUUUGGGGUUCUGUAAAAAAGGGAAAUUAGAUGAGGCAUUUACAGUUUUUAGCAUGCUUGGCAGGUUGGGGAUUGAAGCUGAUGAGUUUACAUAUGCAAUUUUGAUUGAUGGAGUUUGUAAAAAGGGUGAUUUUGAUCUUGUAUAUUCUCUUCUCGAUGAAAUGGAGAAGAAAGGUAUAAGUCCUGGUGUUAUAACAUACAAUACUGUCAUCAAUGGAUUAUGCAAAGUUGGGAGGACAACUGAGGCAGAUGAUUUCUCGAAGGGCAUAGUUGGAGAUCUCAUCACAUAUAGUACACUUUUAAAGGGUUAUGUUGAAGAACAGAAUUUCUCUGGGAUCUUAGAAACUAAAAGGAGACUGGAAGCAGAAGGUAUUCAGAUGGAUGUGGUCAUGUGUAACAUACUAAUAAAAGCCCUACUAAUGGUUGGCUUGUUUGAGGAUGCACUUGCAGUUUAUAAGGGUCUACCACAAAUGAACUUGUCUCCGAACUCUGUUUCAUAUUGUAGUCUGAUUGAUGGAUAUUGUAAAGUAGGCAGGAUCAAUGAAGCGCUUGAAAUAUUUGAUGAUUUCCGCCGGACCUCAAGUCCGUCAGCUGCUUCUUACAAGCGUAUUAUUUUAGGGCUCUGUAAUGAGGGUAUGGUUGACAUGGCUACUGAUGUGUUUCUUGAAUACAUGUGGAAAGGUAUGACUUUGGAUAGAACAGUGCAUAUGACGUUGAUUGAAGCAACAUUGAACAGAAAAGGUGCAGACAGUGUUUUAGAAAUUAUCUGCAGAAUGAAAGACAUUGGGCCUCGAGAAUUACAGAUUGUCUGUAAUGAUGUCGUUUCUUUGCUCUGCGAAAUGGGUUGCCCUGAGGCAGCAUACAGUGCAUCAGUGGCAAUGAGAAGUGAAGAAUUAGCUUUGGAAAGUAUGGGUUAUUGUUCAAUAAUAAGAGCACUUCUGUUUGAAGGUAAAACGUUAUGGGCUCGGCUUAUUCUGACUUGCUUCAUUAAGAUGUAUGGCUUGUCUGAUUUUUAUGUUUGUAAGACUAUAGUAAAUUACCUAUGCUUGAAUAAUGUGAAAAAAGCUCUUGUAUUUCUCUCACGAAUGAAUGAGAAAAAGUGGAGUGUGACCAUUCCUAUUUCCACUUUUAUGACACUAACUAAGGAUGGAAGAGUUGUAGAUUCAUACGAGCUCAUGAUGGGAGCAGAAAGUAACCUUCCUCGUAUGGAUCUUAUCAAUUACUCCGUUAUGAUUGAUGCCCUGUGUAAAGCAAAGCACAUCAACAAGGCGUUAGAUCUCUGCACUUUAGCCAAGAAGAAGGGAUUAGCUCUCAACAUAGUCAUCUAUAACUCUGUCAUAAAUGGGCUCUGCAGCCAAGGUUGUCUGAUUGAAGCUUUUCGAUUGUUCGAUUCACUUGAGAAAAUAGAUAUUCAUCCUACAGAGGUUACAUAUGGUACACUUAUUGACGCUUUAGUUAAAGAAGGUCUUCUACAGGAUGCCAGGAUUCUCUUUGAGAGGAUGCUCCUCAAGGAAAUUAGGCCAAAUACCCGUAUUUAUAACUCGUUGAUUAAUGGAUAUUGCAAAGCAAGUCUACUUGAGGAAGCCAUAGAGAUUUUCCAGGAUUUGGAGGCAUGGAAUCUUAAGCCAGAUGGAUUUACAAUUGGUGCUCUUACCAAUGGUUACUGCCAGAAGGGUGACAUGGAAGGAGCUCUAAAAUUUUUCUUCGAGUUCAAAGCUUCGGGUUUGUUACCAGAUUUUCUGGGAUUCAUGUAUCUCCUCCGGGGUUUGUGUGCCAAAGGAAGGAUGGAAGAGUCCCGGAGCAUUUUGAGAGAGAUGCUUCAGACCCAGUCAAUCAUUGAUCUCUUACAACGGAUCGAUACUGGAGUUGAGUCUGACUCAGUGGAUAACCUACUUGUUUCUCUAUGUGAGCAAGGACGUAUUCAUGAUGCCCUUUCCUUGCUUGAAGAAGUUGGCUCACUGCUUUUCCCUGCUAAGAGUAUUUCUUCUUGGCAUGUAUUGGAUCAACAUGAACUAAAAGCAAAUACUGAAGUAGCACAUUCAAGCUAUGCUGGAUCUGAUUUUCUUUCCCUGUCAUCCAACUACACAAAAGUGGAUGACAUGCUAAGUUCCAUUGAACUUGGAAAAAUGCAGCCGCUGAAAGAUUUUAAUUCUUUUUAUUCUCUUAUUCAUUCACUGUGUUUGAACGGGGAUCUGGCUAAAGCAAAUAAGUUGACUAAGUUGCUAAUGAAAUCGUGAGCUGUUUGCAGGACAAAAUGAACAUCUCUUCUGUCGCAGGAAUGAUAUCUCUGCAACUAGUAUCUGCAGGCUGCUAAAAUAGUACUCCACUUAAUGAUUAAACUUUCUACAUCUCCUAACUUAACCAAAGACGGUAUCGUGUCAAACGAUUCUGAUGACUUUAUAUAGUUAUAGUGAAACUGUCGGCACAUAUUUGUUACCUUUUUUUCGUUUGAAAGGGUAAGUGUGUAUUCUUGCAUUAAACAGGAGAAGCAGUUGAUGAAUCCCUUUUGAAAUUCAGUAUUUAUGUAUUUUCCUCAGUUGGUUGAUCAUCCAAGCUAAUGUUCUUAUGCUUUG